AGCGACGACCCGCGGCCCGCGCGCCAUGCACUGUACAUAGCCGACGCGCGCGGCGAUGGCCUCCGGAGCGCUGGCGCUGCGCUGGCGCCCCGGGCUCUGCUCGUGCGGCCUGCUGCCGCGGGUGGCCGCGGCGCCGCCGGCCGGCGGGCGGCGCUGGGCGGCCGCUCCUCGCCCGCGGGGCUUCUGCGCGGAGGGCGCCGGGCCGGCCGGGGAGGCGCAGGCGCCGGGCGCGGCCGCGGACGCUGGCCCCCGCGUGCUUUGGCGGGCCAGGGGCCUGGAGAAGCAGUUCGGCGAGGUCCAGUCUGCCCUGGACACCUCUGCGGCCGUCUCCGCGGGCGGAUUCUGGAUGGCUCUCAUGGGCAUCGCGCCGUUCACGCCGCCCAACAUGUUCAUGGUGGCGAUGGUCUUGGCGAUCAUGCAGGUGCGCCUGGCCCACACGUGGCUCACGCGGCAGUUGCACUCGCAGGCUCGCCGCCACGUGCUCGAGGUGGAGCAGUCGAGCCCCUACCAGAGCGACGGGGUCGCCUUCACGCAGCUCAAGCUGCGCUGCGAAGGUGGCCUCACGCGGACGCUGCACCUGGAGAGGGCCAAGACCAGCGGGAGCAUGCAAGCGUCCGUCGGUGCGCAUGCCGCAUGCCCCUUCCCCGUCCGGCUCCGCUGCGCUUAAGACGCAACUCCCGGG